AUGUAAAGAACUGAUGUUUUAGCUAAUAGAACAUACAUUUUAAUUGUCUUUUUAGUAAUCUGCAUCUUUGUUGCUCUUUUUGGAAGACAAUCAUCAGAUAAUCAAGCAAUUUCAGAACGUUUUGAGCCUGAAGUAACAGAAUCAGAAAUUCGAUAUUAUUUGGAAAAUGAUAUUAAUUUUAAUGAUAGUGAUCAAUUUGGUAUUUAAACAAUAUAAGAUUGGUUACCUAUUCAAUCUGAAUUAGCUUAAUUGAAUUUAGCAUUAGAAUAUUUUUCACGCUUAAAUUUGGAAAAAAUAUUAAAUAAACAUGAUUAAUUAGAAGAAGAAGUAAAUUUAUGUUUAGAUUUACAAUUGAAUUAAGAAUUAGAAAAAUAUGUAAAUUAAAUAAAUUUGAGUCAAAUAAAUUAAACAAUCAGUUAAGAUGUUCUUGUAAAUUACAAUAUUUUAUUUGAAAAAAAAAUUCAAUUAAAUGAUAGAAUAGGACUGAAAAAGGUUGAAAUGGAUGCAUUGUCAUUUGAAGAAAAGGAUUUGAAAUAAAUAUAUACAUAAUAUUAACUAAACUAAAUGGAAACUAAUAAAUUGUAAAGCAAAAAAAAAUAAUCUGAAAAGUGUGCUUAAGAUAUAAGUUGGUUGGAAUAACAAAUAAAAGAAUAUAAUGAAAAAAGAUAAAUAUAUUUGUAAGAAUAAAAAAAUUAAGAAGAUUUAACAAAUGAAUAUUAAAAAGAUUAAGAAUUAGCAAAAAAUAUGAGUAAACUAUUCAAACCUGCAGGAACAAAAUCAGUAGAAAUUCAUGAUUAAAAAUUAGGAGGUAUUGUUAAUGUCAUAGAUUAAAAUAUAAAAUAAUAUAAUACUUCAGAAGUUUUUUUAAAUGGAUUGAAUUUCCAUCGAGAAAUUUAAAAAAAUUAUUUAGAAGAUAUUGAAUUAAAUAUUAUAAGAUUUGAAAGAACUUUAGAAAUUAAAAAGAAAGAUAAAAAUUAAUUAGAAUAAGAAAUUGAAGAUCUAGAAAAAUAAAGAAAAGAAAAAAAUGAAGUUUAUUAGAAUGCAGUUAGUAGAUUAGAGGAAAUAAGAAGAAGAAAAACUGAUUUAAAUAAUGAAACAUAAAUGGAAAAAAAAGAAUUAGAUUCUGUUAUUUAUGAAUUGAAAAAUUACAAUCCAUAAAGUAAUUUAUAAAAUAAUGAAUAAUUAGAAGCAUAAAAGAAAUUUAAAAGUAAUUAAUUAUCAUUUAUUAUUAUAUAGAAUAUUUAUAUUAACAUUUGAAAGAAGAUUAAUUAUGUGUUGAAAAAUGUAUUGAAUAUGAUUCUCUUAAUUAAUAAAUUAAUAUUGGAAGAUAUAAAAUUUCAUUGAGUUUAAUUUAAAAACAUUUUCUAGAAUUGGAACAGAAAUUUAAGGAAUUCAAAAUUUGA